UGCUCUUCCUAUCUCGGUACUCUGAAGACCCCUGGGGAAGUUGUCUAUGUGGAAAGCUCAUCUUUGUAAUACAUGUAAAUAUGCUGUUUAUCUAAACUGUGGAGUCAUCACUUGUGCCAAGUAAGCUGUGUAUCAUCAAGCACAAUUAAAUAUCUCCUUGGUUACCUAAUUGUUUGUAUUUCUACUUUAUCUUAAUUCCUCCUCUACAGAGUGUUUCAGCUGAAUGCAUUUUCUUUUAGCAAAUAAGCUAUGUAUGCAAAGGUAGAAUGUAAUACUGAAGACCAUGUCAGAUGUCCACACAGAUACAUCGAGAUUUCUAGUUUUCUGUCUACCGAGGAAGAAGGACUUCACACCUAUAGUUCUGACAUUCAGUUAUAUAAUAUAAGUGAAACACUUGACCUUUUAUCUGACCCUCAAGUUCAUUCAAGUAAAUUUGGUUCUAAAAAGGAAGGCAGCAUCCCAAUUUUCAUCAAAGAAGUGUCAAAUGCCGAAACAAACAUUGGGGAUGUUACCAAACUGUCUGUUACAGCCACUGGCAUUCCCAAGCCUAAAAUCCAGUGGUUUUUCAAUGGGGUAUUGUUAACCCCUUCUGCUGACUACAAAUUUGUUUUUGAUGGUGAUAAUCAUAGUCUGAUCAUUCUGUUCACCAAAUUUGAGGAUGAGGGAGAGUACACAUGUAUGGCCAGUAAUGAAUAUGGAAAGUCAGUAUGCAGUGCCUAUUUAAAAAUAAAUCCCAAAGGAGAUGAACACGAAGAGACAGAAACAGAAUCAACACUGGAGAAAUUUCUGGAAAAGCUGGAAGGGUCCUGUCCCCCUUAUUUUCUCAAGGAGUUAAAACCAGUCCACUGUGCUCCAGGGCUCCCUGCUGUCUUUGAGUACCUCGUGCGUGGAGAGCCUUUCCCCACUGUUUUGUGGUUCAAAGAAAACAGGCAACUUUGCACUAAUGUUUAUUAUACCAUCAUUCAUAAUUCUGAUGGUUCUGGGACAUUCAUUGUCAAUGACCCUCAGAGAGAAGACAGUGGCCUCUACAUCUGUAAAGCAGAGAAUGUGUGGGGUCAGUCCACCUGUGCUGCAGAGCUGCUUGUUCUUCUGGAAGACACAGACAUGACUGCUGCCCCCUGCAAAGCAGAGUCCACACCAGAGGCUCCUGGAGGUUUUCCAGAGAUGUUGUUAAAGGACCAUGCAGUUGAGAAAUUGGAGUCAGAGCAGGAAGUUUCAGCUUUUGUAAAGGACACCAUUUCAAAACCUGCUUUAAUUAUGGAAGAAAAACAGCAGCUUUCUUCUGAGCAUGUUGUUAAAAGCAGUGAGCUGACCAGUAAAAUUACUUCAGUGAUUCAGCAAUUGCAAUCCUCCAUCAUGUUGGAGGAGGUCUCUCCCACUCCUGAGAGCACCAGUGAACUUCCUUCCACUGACAACACUAUUCAUGUACAGCCUAUCAAGGAAUCACCUCCCAAUGUACAGUUACAGAUUGUGCAGUCCCAGAAAACCCUCUCCAAAGAAGAUACUUUAAUAUUUCCAGAGCCUGAAAACAUCUUCCCAAGUGCCUUGUCCAUAGAACAAAUAAAUUCAGUUAGAGUUGAGUCUCAGGCAACCCUAUUAGCUGAACCUGAACGGAGUUAUCCACAUUCUUCAACAGAACCUCCAGCACAUUUAUAUCCAUCCUCUGUGACUGAAGAAAUACUUUUGCUGAAAGAAAAGACAGUCUCUGAAGUAGACAAAGAGCAAAGAGCAACUCUUCAAAAGCAAGAGGCACAAAGUGCUCUCCUCCUGAGUCAUAGCUUAGCUGAGGGACACGUGGAUAGUUUUCAGGGUUCUGAUAUUGAGCUCUCUAGGGUAAAUUAUGAGCCCCAGAUCCCUUCAGAACACACAUGCACAGAAGAAGGCAAGAUCCUGAUGGAAAGUGUGGAUCAGCUAAGAAGUGCAGAGCAAGAUUUCGCAGUCAGGAUUAAGGAAAGCAAGUCCUUACAUUUCCCACUAGCACUUGAGGAAGAGCAGGUUCUGCUCAAGGAGGAGCAUUCUGAUGUCACAGCCAUGCCCCCAAACCAAAUCACUGAGUAUAAAAAAGAGCCCAAGGCAAUAAAAGGAGUACAAGAGGUCCAAAGAAGUGACCUUCUUUCUAAGGAAAGUUUGCUUCCUGGUAUUCCAGAGGAGCAACGAUUAAAGCUGAAAACUCAGGUCCGCAGGGCUUUGCAAGCCGCAGUGGCCAGUAAGCAGCCAAGUCUUCUCUUUGAGUGGUUAAGGAACAUUGAAAAUGUGGAGGUCAAGGCCAUAAACCUCACCCAAGAGCCCAAACACAUCCUGUGCACCUACCUUGUAACUUCAGCAAAGUCUCUAACAGAAGAAUUAACCAUCACUAUUGAAGAUAUUGAUCCUCAAAUGGCUAACCUGAAAACUGAACUUCAGGAUGCUUUGUGUUCUAUCAUAUGUGAAGAAAUAAACAUUCUAACAGCUGAGGAUCCUAGAAUUCAGAAAGGAAGCUUGAUAGGGGUACAGGAAGAAGUGGAUUGUUUUUCAGAACCACAGAAGGUUGAAGCAAUCACUGAACCAGAAGUCAAAUCUCAUUACCUUGUCUCCAAAGAAGAGGUCAGUUGGUUUAACGUGGAAAGUCAGGUCAAAGAUGUCGGUACCACUACUACCACUGAUGAGGUUGCUUCUGCUGCUGUCUCUGAUGAAACACAAGAUGAGACUGUAAAACCCUCUGAAGGCGGUAUGGAGAAAGCUGGUAUGGUAAAGACACAAGAAGCUGAGGAAAGCUUACUUGAAGAGCACCGUCCUGUUAUACUUACACCCUUAGUGGACACCGUUUCUGAGGAAGGCGAUGUUGUAUACUUCACAUCAUACAUAACGAAUGCUAAGGACGUGAAUUGGUAUUUUGAAGGUAAACUGGUGCCUUCAGAUAAAAAGUUCAAGUGUUUACAAGAUCAAAAUACAUAUACACUAGUAAUCGACAUGGUAAAUGCAGAAGAACACCAAGGAGACUAUGUCUGUGAGGCCUCAAAUGACAGUGGGAAAACCACAACUUCGGCAAAGCUCACUGUAGGAAAAAGAGGUUGGAAAUUAAGGAUUGAGUGGCUCUAGUUCUAAUACCCACUGAAUUAUGAUUUAGGUUUCUUCACUCAAUUUCCACUUAUCUGCCACUUCCAGAAUGCAAGUUAUUUAGAGUAAGAAUGAAAUCACAGACAUAAUCAUGGUUAUUAUAUUUUCUCUUACUGCCUUGUUGGGUAGUACAUUACCUUAUCUACUACUUAUGUUUUAAAACAUACUUCCAUAUGUUUUAUGAUACAAUAAAUAUGCUUUUAGUUACUUUAUGUGAAAAUACAUUAAUAAUAUGUAUUAAAAAGCUAUUAGUGAACACCUAGCCAACUCUGAAAUCACCAGUCUCAUCUCUAAAUUCAAAAUAACCAUGAUUAGUUGUCCAUUUGAGGUUUUUAUUUUCGAUUUAUUUUUUGCUAUCGUUUCACUUCAUCACUUUCCUCCCUAUAUCGUACUUUUUCACAUUAUUUUCCGUGUUCCUAGUAAGCAUGGUACAUUUAAAUGGUAUGUCAUGCUGCUAUGCAUGUACACCCAUAGCAUCACAUUUUAAUAAUUUUCUUCGCAAUUCACUGCAAAAUAAUAAUCGAAUAUUGUGAGAGCUGCUUAUUGCCUUGCUUUGCCUUCAGUGAUCUUCUUCAUUUUCCAGUCACUUGUCGUGAACUGCUGUAAUCCAUCUUACCGAUUUCAAUUGUUUCACUUUCAUUAACAGCAAUAAAAGUUAGAAGAAAAAGAGAAAUGCAGGAUGCCUGAUAAGGAGGCAUGCUAAUGGACUCUGCUUUCCU